UUUGCUUGCAGGUUGUAUAACCUGUUUGGAGAAGACACCUAGAUUAUAAUGCCACUGAUAAAUGAAUGUCAUUAAAGUAACGUUACACAUGAAGUCAGGUAACAAAAUGAUCCUUAAAAGAUGCGGAUUAUACAUUCACUGGGAGAGACCAUGUUUAAAGAUGUUGUUUAUUGGCCUGUGUCUUGGAAUUACAGGAAUUCUGGUUUUAUGGGCUUACGUGGAAAGUAAAGAAGAUAAACAUCCUCCAACCAGCUUUUUGUCACAACACUUUGCAAAACUUUACAACUCCAAAAACUCCUCCACCUCUCCUACAGAUGUUCAGCUAGAAAUCAGAUCAGAAGACUCAGAGUCAAGUUCAAGUUCAUUUUACUCUGAAUUUGGAAUCAGUUCAGAAAGUUACUCCAGUUUACAGCAGACUCUUUACUGGGCUGGACCAGACAGAACAAUCACAAAUGUGUCUAUGAGUACAAGUCCAGAUCACUCCACUUUCAUCAUUCAGAACCUGAAAGACAGCUACCAGAUAGGGGAGGAGCUUUUUGUUACUAUCCAUGCCAGAGACUUUAACAAUAAAUCUAAACGUUAUGGAGGGGAUUUCUUUCAAGCAAAGCUUUUCUCAUCCGAAAGUCCUCAAAAGGCCAGUGUGUUUGGGGAGGUGGUGUAUUUGCUCAACGGCUCCUACUCUGUGCGUUUUCUUCUGCCGUGGGUUGGACAGGCACAGGUGGCUGUGCGUCUGAUUCACUCCAGUGAAGCUGUGCAGGUCCUCAAGCAUCACAGAGACACUGAUUCUGACAGAGUUUUCUUUAAUGGAUAUUUUGAAGGACCGGGACCAAAUGGGACCAAGUUGAAAGAAACAGUGCAGUGUAAUGUGAAGUGGGACAAAAAUGGACUGGAGAGGAUGGGGACUGGAGAUUGUUGCUGUGAAUACAAAGAUUCCCACAGUGGAGAAGAAUGGCGCUGUCAGAGACCCAAAUCCUUGCCAUGCAGCGCUCGCGUUUAUCACUCUAUGGGCGGGUAUCACAACCGUUUGACUGUCAUUGAAGCAAUGUUUAUGAAGCAAACCAACAAAGUCAUCAAUGGACAAAGAACAACAAUCAAGAUUUUUUCUUCCAAUGGAACAGUGGGAAUUGAUGCAAUACGGAAAUGUCGUCCUGGUUUGCACACACCAGUUCCAGCUGGGUUUUACUUGAAUGAUGUUUGGACGUCCUUUGUGUGUAGCAUCCGUCCUUUUACUACCCAAACAACAACAGAGUGCCUGAAAGACAAACACAUCUACAUGAUGGGAGACUCGACCAUGAGACAGUGGUUUGAGUUCUUCCUUAAAGCAGUACCAACUUUAAAGCGGAUGAACCUGCAUGUUGAAUAUCACGGAGGUCCUCUUAUAGCAGUGGAUGUGGAGAACAACAUUGACUUACACUGGAGGUCUCACGGUCUUCCUCUGCGCUGGCUGAAAACCGAAGUUUCUAAUCUGCACUACAUCAGUAAUGAGAUUGAUGAUCUGACUGGAGGACCUCACACUGUUAUUGUCUUUAAUCUGGGACCACACUUCACGACAUUUCCUCUGGAUUUCUUCACCCACAGAGUGUUAAAGAUCCGCAAAGCAGUGCAAGAUUUGUUACAACGGGCACCAGACACUACCGUUAUUAUCAAGACUGUAAACACCGGCUAUAAGGAUGUGUUUGGCAGUGACUGGUAUUCUUUGCAGUUGGACAAAACCCUACGGUGGGCUUUUCAGGAUGUUGGUGUUUAUAUUUUGGAUGUUUGGCAAAUGACAGCCUGUCACUACAACAUAGAGAACCUUCAUCCAGCUCCCGUCAUUAUCAAAAAUGAAAUGGACAUAUUUCUAUCUUUCAUUUGUCCUGAAUGAUUUUUUUCAGAAGCAAUAAGGUGGUUAAAGCAACAGUAAUGUUUUUUCUUGUACUGUUUUAUUCUAUUUUAUUAAUUUAUAUAUUUAAUAUGUUAAACAUGGAAAUGUUAUUUUCAAGAACAUGAGAAACAGUGUCAGAAACUGCUGAGGGUUGCAGAUAAAUUAUGAACUGUUGCACAAAAUCUGGCACAAAACAAACUGAGAAACCCACUUCUUUUCACCAGUUUGGAAACAGCUUAUAUUAUAGUAAGAUCUCUUCAGAGACCCAUCAGUGACGUGGUAUACUCUGAAUUCUUUUUAGAUUUGAUCUUUAAUACACUUUAUAUGUUAACAUUUUAUUUUUCAGAUAUAGUCCAAAUAUCACGUUAGCUCAAAGUAAAUAAUAGUCUAUAGAAAAUACUGUAUAGCGUGCAUGGCUUGUUAUCUUUGUAUUCUUUGUAAAACUGAUUGAAAUGUUGUGCAAAUACAGCUAAUAACAGUAAAGUAGUUUAUCCUAAAAAUAAAGCGAUUGACUUUGGUAA